CUAGGCUGUGCUGCGAGUUGGGAAUCCUUCAGACCUUGGGCUUGAUUCCGAACUAGUUUCGACGUUUCCUGUAUUUUAGUUUCGUUUUGCGCCGGAAUGUGAGCAGGUGGAGCACUGCUGAAAACGAGGGUGGGUCAGGAAGUGUUCCAUGUCGGUUUCUGCUGUUCUUUCCAGCAAAUUUGGGUUUUGAUUCGGCGUUGAACGCUAGAAACUCGAGAGCUCUCAUAGAUGAGAAAACGGGGAGAGGGGGUAUUCUUUCUAGAAGCACCAGGAGUAGAUCCCUUAGGCACGCUUCUGCCCGGAUUCUAAGUGCGGAGAGCAGUGAGUGUGAAAAUUUUGUGUAGUCUCACGGGACGAGUCAUCGCAGUAGUACCUAAUAGAAAUGUAUCGCCAACCUGCCACGGACAAGGUAGUCCUGCAAGAAUCUUGAGCCGUCCAGGGUUUGCGAAGAACAAUCUUUCACUUCUCGAUAGGAAGCUACUGGUGAAGCAUUGCUAAUUGCCUGUGGUGCCAUUUAGGGUGAUUACAUACUCAAGCUAGGCCCUCUCAAGAUAGAUUCGACAUUACACUUCGGAUCAAACAUCACUAGAGUUUCGUGUUGAACCUAAAUCGGUAUCAGACGAUAGGGAAGUCUACUAACAUAAUCCAGAGUCGCUGUCAGCCCGUUAAAGUUUAGGGACAAUCCCUAGCCUUUGGAGAUGAGGUCUAUGUUAUGUCCAAAAAGGUACGUAUAAGAUGUGUCGUCUAGGGUUUUAACCUCUUUGACUCGCCACGGUCUCAUCGGUAUGACUGACAUACAAACCGAACGAACUGAAGCACAGGAAUUAUUUGCGGCAUCGCGGUAUGUGAACGUAACAUGUCCCCGUGAGUGGUUACAGUUCGAUCCCUGGAUUGCUAUGAUGAUACAUCAGAGUUUCGGACUAGAGUUUCUGAUCUGGCUUGACCAGUUUGACGAGAAAUCUCUUGGCUGGCUGAGCAUUCCAGGUGUAACGCAUCGGUCACUUAAAGCACGCAGACAGAGCACAGAAUCGCAUCGACACUAAAGCCUUGAUGACGAUUAUUACCACUGAACCAUGGCAACUGAUAGUGUUUUACCCUAAUCACAAGUAUCCAACGGUCUGGACUCAAAAUCCCUUCCCCCGUCCAACUCUAGGACCUGCGGGUGAAGAGUAGUGGGAAAACUGGCCUGUUCGAGCUGAAGGUUCCAAACACGCUAUUUUCCUAAUAGUAAAUCAUAAUAGACCAAGCCCGGGGUCAAAAGG